UCUCGUACAGCUGUAAAAUCUACAUUACGUCCUUUUCGUUCAGAAUGGAUUUAAAUUCGCGACAAAUUUAGUAUUUUGCCAAAAUUCAAGGUUACCAACAUUCGCGGAUUCGUCGAACCAAUCAUGGUGUCAACGGCCUUUCAACGGUUUUAUUUUUACAACAACUGUCAUUAAGGUUAGGUUAUAACUUUCUUCUCUAACCGCGUUGAAUCGCUAGGACGAUCGUUGAUCAUCGCUUAUAUUCGUCGCCCACGCGACUUUACGUGACUAUUCAUCUUUGUAACCUGUCGUUUAAUUUUCACGAUCCCAGAUUUCACUCUGAUUCACGGUGAAUUAAUUUCACUUUUGUAUCAUUAACGUAGGAAAAGUGUAUAGAGUGUAUCGACAUAACCUCCAAUACCGGAAAUACCUCGUACCAACCUCGAAACGACGAAUUUCAAGUUUUCGUUCUUCAGAGAAAACAAAUAUACUUUCGUUCUAUUUUUAUAUCCGUUCGAUAUACGCGUCUUAUGCGUAGUAUUGUAUUUUAGGUUAUGUUUAAAAUUGGUAAUAUAAGACCUUCCAUCAUGCUUUCAACUUCCACUUUCGUCUUCAUAAAAACAGAGGAGACAUCAACGUCAGAAUCUAGGCGGAGAAAAUACAGGGUGCUAAACAUAGGCUACCCUUUUUUGAAUUGUCGGCACCGUACAAAACUUGACUCCGAGAUGCAGUUCCAUUUUAGAACUCGUUUCGCUUCUCACGUCUCGUUAAGACAGGUUCAAACACGCGACUCGAUGCUAGAUCGCGCAUUUCGCGACCUCUCACGGCACACGUCGAAUUGUAUUUCGCCUCGACUAUCGACGAUUACUUUCUUGACGCGAUCGCGUGCCCAAUGCUCAUUCGACGAACGUGCGACAUCUGAUGCGAGUGUGUCAAUGACUGGUGAAAGGUAUCAAUGGAUUUUCCUCUACUGACCCACGACAAGGAACUUUCAAUCUCUAUAGUCACCUACACGACGAUUACGUGCUUCCACUUGCAUAAUCGAUCCACGCAGGGACCGAUUCCUUUUUCAUUCGAGCACCAGUUUUCGUUCAUGUUCCGGUCCUCCGUGGAUCCAUCUACAUAUACGCACACAACAAAACAUGUGGGACGAUCGAGAUUUAAGGCCGGUCUCGAAGAUUUAAGAUCUAGUCGCGUUGCGUUAUACGAACAUAAUUUAUUUUUGCAAAGUGUUGCAGGACUUGACACGAACCACUGGUAGGAAGGAAAAAAAGAAAAGAAAAAAAAAAUACGCGGUUGAAAGUUGAAAAACAAGUCUGAGGAAGAAGAUAAACUUCUCGAUCAAAAAGAAGUCCUGCAUUUUAUAUCGUUACCUCUCUGAAUUCUUGGUAAUAUUUUAAUUGAAGAAUAUCAAAUGUAACAAGAAUAAAAAUGCACUUUGAUUAAAAUAGAUAUAUUAAUAUAUAUUCAAAAUAAUGUACAAUAAUGUACAUUGUUCUGAAUAUGAUUAUAUUAAAAAGAAAUAUAUGAAAUAUUUAGAAAAAAAAGGGAUAUAACAUGAUUUACAGGAUUCCUUGUCACUUUCUCUGCAGUUCAAAGGUGAUGAUAGUUGGUCAUCCAACAAAGUAUUGAGCUAUUAGAUGAUUGGAGGAUAAAUUACUUACAACGCUUUAACCUAAAAUAUAUCUUUAGGAUUUUCUUAUCUAUAUAAUGAAUAAAUACAAAAAUGUGAAAAAUUCGAAUACGAUUUUUAUCAUUGGAUGAAAAAUCUUGGAAAGAUCGAAUAGGAUCGUGCUCGAGCGUAAGAAAACUGAUCGAAAGUCUAUGGCGUUGGUCUGAUUAUGAAUCCUGCAAGUUUUAAGGUUCAAUCGAUAACGAAUCUAAAUAUUGGCUUUGUCUUUUAUCAGCGUGCACAAUCCUGAAAGUAGUAAAGUACCCGACCGAUCGUAAUUCUCCGUAUAUCUUAUGUAUACACAGGAAAAGUCAUAAAACUGAGAUGGCGGGAAAUAAGGUCAUCGGUGCAGUCACCCUUGUAAAUCCUAUGAUUCAAAAAAAAAAUAAGAAAAAUGGAAAUUUUAAUAACAAUAUAAUUAUAUCCCCUUUCGAUUAAAUACUGGAAGAAAAUGAAUCUUUUAAAGGGGGAAAAAAAGAUCUUCAAACUUAACUGCUACAAAAUCCCUAAGAUACAAGAUGCAAGAUAUUUGAAUGAUAUUGGAAUCUCUGAAUUUUAAUGAUUAAUAUAAAGUUUAUGGUUAUUGCAUGUUGAUCAUGUUAAAAUUCAUUAUACUAUGAGGAAUAUUUUUAUUUUUCUUAUUUUGCAAAUAUCCUAUGUAUUAUCACAUGAAGAUAAAUUAUUACAUUAUAUAAUUGAUGAAGUUCCAGGAGGUUCAUACAAAUAUUACAGUUUAGCUUAUGAAGGUUUUAUUAAAAUAAUAUUAAAAUCUGAUAUUGGAGAUGCAGAUUUAUAUGCUUCACAAAUAAUAACAAAACCAACUUAUGAACCAGAUCAAUAUUGUCUUCAUUCUGCUACAUGUGGAGAAGAUACUAUUCUUAUUCCAGAUAGUUUUAAAAGACCAGUUAGUAUAGGAAUUUAUGGACAUCCAUCACAUAAAAAUAGUAAAUAUAUUCUUUUAGUAUAUCAAACAAUAGAUACAGAAAACAUAUCAUAUAAUAAAGAUUCAGACAUUCAUAAUAAUAAGGUAUAUAAAUUAAUCAUGUUGGAAUACGAAAACCAAAUAUUUUUGGAAAUACUCCAUGAAGAUGGAUUAGUUAUUAUAGCAAAGGGACUUGGUAUAGAAACAAUAUUUGCAAAUAUAUUAAGAGCUUAUAUAGAUCCUGGAAACUUAAUUAUAGUUUUAGGAACUACAAAUCAUGAUGAACAAUAUUUUAUUGAUCUUUUAAAAAAUUAUGGAUUAAAACAAUUACCUCGUGUUGUAACUUCUGAAUGUUCUUCUGAUGAAAGGGAAGUAAUGUAUCUGGAAGGUGGUGUAUUAUUUAUGUCGGGUCCAAUUCUUGUAGUAGAUUUAUUAAAAAAAAGAAUUCCAUUACAUUUAGUUACUGGAAUUCUUGUAUAUAGAGCACAUAAUAUUUUAAAUUCAUAUCAAGAAGCAUUUGCUCUUCGUUUAUAUAGACAAAAUAAUAAAACUGGUUUUAUCAAAGCCUUUACUAAUUCAGCAUUGGCAUUUACUGUUGGAUUUAUGCAAGUAGAACGAGUAAUGAAAGCUUUGUUUGUUAAAAAAUUAUAUUUAUGGCCACGUUUUCAUACUCUUAUAAAUAAUAGUUUAGAAAAACAUAAGCCUGAUGUUAUCGAACUACAUGUAAAAAUUACACCUAAAAUGUUAAACAUUCAAAUUUCUUUAUUUGAUAUAAUGAAUUAUAUUGUAAAAGAAUUAAAAAGACUUAAUAAAUAUUUAGAUUUAGAUGAUUUAAAUGUUGAAAAUGCAAUAACAAAAAAGUUUCAUAAGCAAUUACAAUUGCAAUUAGAUCCUAUUUGGCAUCAACUUAGUUCUACUUCAAAGCAAUUGUUAUCUGAUUUAAAAACAUUACGUGCUCUUCUUGCGUCUUUAACAUAUGAAGAUAGUGUGUCAUUUUAUUCAAUGUUAAAUCGCUUACGUACUAUGGAAUAUGCUAUAAAAAAUAGUGGAUGGUUGAUGUUGGAUUCUGUAGAUGCUUUAUUUAAAAAUGCAAAAGAAAGAGUUUAUAAUGAAAAAAAUGAAUUGAAACCUGAAAGUACUCCAAAAUGGAUAGCACUAACAGAAGUAUUACUUGAAAUUCAGAAUGAUUAUAAAAAAAAAAAUAAUUCUGAAAAAAUCCUCAUUUUGGUACAUGAUCGUAAUAUUUGUUAUCAACUAAGGAAUUAUUUAACUAUGGGUGCCAAUGAAUAUUUACUUUAUGAAGCAAUGAAAAAACUUUCUCAUAAAGAAAUGCAAAAUAUAAGUGAAACAAGUGUAGAAAAAGAAAGCACAUCUACAAUUGAAGAUAAUAAUGAAGAACAAGAUACUUAUGUAUUAACAUUAUCUCAAAAAGUUAAAGAGGAAAAUCAAUCUGAUCCUGUAAGCAAAGAAGAAAUCAAACAUCAAACUUUAUUUGAAGAAUGCUCACAAAUUGCAGAUUUAGAUUUAACAAGUAUAAAUGAAAAUAUGCCUAUUAUUCUGAUACAAUCUUUAAAAAAAAAUGGUGAUCCAAUGGCAUUACAACGUGCUUUAACAGAACAUAUGCCAAGUAAUAUUAUUAUGUAUGUAGCAGAUCUGUCUGCUAUACGACAAAUUGAAGUUUAUCAAAAUAACAAUCCAUCAAUAGAUUUAAAGGUAUAUUUCUUAAUUUAUGGAGGUUCUGUGGAAGAACAAGAAUACCUUACUUCAUUAAGGCGAGAAAAAGAAGCAUUUCAUGCAUUAAUUAAUAGUAAAACUACAAUGGUUAUUCCUGAAGAUCAAGAUGGAAAAACUGAAGAUUGUUUAAGUCUUGCAAUACAAUCGGAUGUAGACAGUGAAGUGAAUACACGUAAAGGUGGAUUACCAAAAAUAUCUGAAGCUCCUAAUACUGUAAUAGUUGAUAUGAGAGAAUUUCGAAGUGAACUACCCGCUAUACUAUAUACACGAGGCAUGAAAAUUGAACCAGUAACUUUACAAGUGGGAGAUUAUAUUUUAUCACCAGAUAUUUGUGUUGAAAGAAAAAGUGUCUCUGAUUUAAUUGGUUCUUUAAAUAGUGGAAGAUUGUAUAAUCAAGCUAUUGCUAUGACACGCUAUUAUAACAAACCAAUGCUUCUAAUAGAAUUUGAUCCAAAUAAACCAUUCUGUUUUCAAGGUUAUUACUAUGCUAGUAAAGAUGUUCAAAAUAUGUUCAUUAUUUCAAAACUUCAACUUUUGACUUUACAUUUUCCUCGUUUAAAACUUGUAUGGUCACCUGGUCCUCAUGCAACAGCUCAAUUAUUCGAGGAAUUAAAGGGAGGAAAAGAUCAACCAGAUCCAAUAAAAGCUGCACAGAUUGGAGUUGAAGAAAAUAAAGAAAUACCAGUAGAUAAAUAUAAUUCUCGUAUUCAAGAUUUUGUUUCAAAAUUACCUGGAGUUACUACUAAAAAUUUACAUUUAAUACUAAGUAAAGGACAAUCAUUAGAUCAUCUUAAUAAACUUUCUAAAGAAGAAUUUACUGAAUUACUUGGAAAUAAAAAUGAAGCACAAAUGUUAUAUAAUGCAUUUCAUGAAAAAAUUUCUCUAUUUGAAGAAAAAUCAAGUACAAGUGUUAAAAAAUCUGGAUCUAAAGGUCGCGGAAAAAAAUUGUUUACUAAAAUUAAACAGUAAUAUUUUAAACUAAUAUUUCAUUAUUAUGCAUUUUUUACAAACUAUUAAUUGUUUGUCAUAUUUGUAUUAUAUUUAAAAUUUGCAUAUACUGUAUAUAAUUAUAUAAAAAAUAUGAUAUAGAAAAAUUACGUAUAAAUUUUUUAAAAAAUAAAUUAUUUUUUUGUAUUAAAAAUACAAUUUUUAAUUAUAUAUUUGAAUUUCUAUUGUAAAUUUAUUAUAAAUAUAAUGAAUUUAAAAUAUAAUGAAU